CUCCCCACACGCGAGCCCAACACGCAGACGGAACUCCUCCUGCCUCCCCCCCUUAUCCUCCCCUCGCCUUCCUCCGAUCGAUCGAUGGCGUCGCUCACCACCACCACAGCCGCCGCGUCCUCCCCGGCCGCGCUGCCGGCGGCGACGACCGCCGGCCCGGCGUCGUCCGUGUCCCCCGCCGCCGCCAAGCGGCCGCACCUCGCGGGGGACGACGCGCCGUGGCGGGCCGCGGCCACCGGCGCCGCGGGGAUCCGCCCCGUCCCGCGCAUCCACCACGCCCCCGUCCUCCGCGUCGCGCAUCAGGACGACUACUCCGCCUACGCCAUCGCCGUCAUGAAGCAUCCGGAUCCGAUAGGGGAGGGGUUGGCCAUGGAGGCGGUGGUGGAGGCGGCCGGGCCGGAGUGCAUCGUCCCCGGGCAGCAGGCGCCACUGCGGCUGCUGGGCCUCAAGGUUUGGCCCCUUGAUAUAGAGAUGAAGUUUCUGGAGCCUUUUGGACGGGAACUACAUUCCAUGAAAAAGUUCAUGGACAAAUCAUGCAGCGUCAUGGACUCAUCUAUGUCAAAUAAGUAGGUGCACGGCUGAUUAGUUCCCUCCAUUACUAGCCGAUGUUGUAUCCACAGCUCUUGCUGAAGUUACAGGACCCGAAAGAUACAAAGCUGGAAGAGCCCAUGGAGAGAAAACCACAUUCUUGCGUACCUUGAGUUGCAUCAAGGACGAGAUUUGGCGCCGAGAACACAGUAACAAUUAGCUAGUACUAUGUAUGGAACCAUGGCUCUGUCUCCACUGAGCAAAAUUCUUGUCUACGUUUAUGCGUUUAUUGUACUCCUGUAACAAUGACCCACUGUCACUUGAGAAUAUAAUGCUGAGUUGCAAGGAAACGAAGAAAAAGAUCAUAAAAAAAUCCA